GCGCAAAUCAUUGUUAUGAUUUUUAGUAGUAUCAACAUGUCUGCCUCCUUGAUGCGAGCGACCGUCCGAGCGGUUAAUAAAAGAAAGAUUUUAGCCACUAGAGCGGCUUUAACACUGACUCCUGCUGCUGUGAGCAAAAUCCGAUUGUUGCUGCAGGACAAACCAGAAUAUAUUGGUUUGAAGGUGGGAGUGAGAACACGCGGCUGUAAUGGGCUGACUUACACUCUGGAAUACACAACAGAGAGAGAGAAAUCAGAUGAGGAAGUGCUACAGGAUGGUGUGAGAGUGUUUAUUGAGAAGAAGGCUCAGCUCACCCUUCUGGGAACUGAGAUGGACUUUGUGGAGUCAAAGCUGUCCAGUGAGUUUAUCUUCAACAACCCUAACAUCAAAGGCACGUGUGGCUGUGGGGAAAGCUUCAACAUCUGAGCGUCGCUGUUUCACCGUCCCUCCCCUGCUCCUUCCCUGGCCUCCAACCCAGACUUGAAGACAGAGAGAAUGCCAACGAGGAAGUUGGGUGUGAGGAAAUCUUCGAGAUGAGGACACCCCACCGGUUCCGGCCUCAUCUUUCUGCAGACCACUCACGCAUGCGUACCAGAUCAGUCCAGCUCUGAAUUUCUGUUUGCCCUCAAAGAUUUCCAAACGAUGUGUAGCCAAAGCCAGAAGUUAUUUUACGUUGAAGUUUCUCUUCUGUUUAAAAGCUCUUCUCUGCUCUCAGUUCUGUUUGAGAAAACAUUCGGUUCUAAGAAACAAACUGGUUUUAGUCCACAGAAUUUUCAUUUUUUUUUUUUUGUCAAAUCUAACAAUUAAUGCAGAUGAAAA